AAUGCAGAAAUUUCUUUUAGUUUUACUAAAUAUAAUUCUACUGCAAACUUCAUUGCAAACCCUUUUGCUGAAUGAAAUAAAUUAUGAACAAGAUUAUAUAGAGAUUAAGAAUGUUGGAUCAAGUGCUGUAGAUUUAACUCCAAUUUAUCUUUCUGUCAUAGUUCUUAAAGGUGGUACACCUACAAUGCAUAAUCCUUCUGGAUUACAUGGUUCCAUACAACCAAACGACUUUCACGUAAUUCAAUUUGACCCUGUUAGAAAUAAAAGAGCUGUUCAAUUAACACUAGAUUAUUUCUAUCUUCCAACAGGUGGCCCAAGAGCAGUACUAUCCAGAAAUAAAAUUGAAAUAUUUCUGAGAAAAAAUCUUACAAAUCUAAAAGUAAUAAUUUCAAAAGAAGACAACUACUUGACAGGUCAUUAUCUAAAUAUCAAAUUCAACAAUUUCAACAUUUUGACAAGCGUCUAUGGAGGACUAAUUGGAGAUAUUGGAAGAAAAAAUGUUAAUGUUAUUCCAUCUGCUCAGAGUCAUACUAGUGCUAUUUUUCAAAUUAAUGGAAAGUAUGUUGAAGCAAUAAAGCCCAGCAACCAGGCUUUAUCCAUCUACUAA